UUCUUUUACUUUCCACUUUUUCCAUGCCUCCAUAAAAGCAAACGUCAGUUUCUUCAACUUUGGGAAUGCAAUUGUUGUUGUUGUUGUUCCCAAAAAUUCAUGACCCACAUACUUGAAGGAAACCAUUCCCCAAAUGUCAAGCCCCUCCAGCUGAGGUAGUUUUCCCAAGGAAGGCAAAUGGGUGCACUUUAUACUACCUUCCAGCUUAAGUGUUGUCAAUUGGGAUAGUGAUGUGGUCAACUAAUUGGGGAAUUUGAUGUCAUUGGAAUGGUAUAUGCCUAAAGAUUUCAGGUCUUGAUGGGGUUGUAGGGCUUCAGCCACGAUCUUCAUCCCCUCUGCUGCUUCUUCCUUAUCUGUAUAGAAAUUCAAAUAUGGAGGUGCUUCUUUUUCUUUAAUUCUGCUUUCUCUGCCGCCCUUGCGUCCCUCACAUUACCCAAUCCACUUAUUGCAAGAUGCCCACAAAGAUUGUUCAAGUUUGGCAGGUCUCCCACUUUGAGUGAAUUAUCAUCAUCGUCAUCACCCACAACAGCAAUCUCUGCCAAUGUUCGAAGUGAACUUAAUCUGCCAAUUCCUUUGGGCAACACCCUUAUAAGAGUGCUGUCUGUUUUAAGAUGUCUCAAGUUUAUCAGUUUUCCCAGCCCUUGAGGCAGAUUCUCAAGACGCCAACACUUACUAAGUGUCAAGGUUUGCAAAUUACAUAAAUUGCACAUAGCUUUUGGCAAUUCUUUCAACCAAGCAUUAUCCGACAAGUUAAGAUACCUGAGAUGUAUCAGUUGUGCUAUCUCCCUGGGAAGUUCUUCAAUUGAGUUGUUGGCCAAUUCUAAUGUUCUAAGAGAUUGCAAACAUUGGAAUAUAUUAGGUAGCCCUUUACGAAUGUGUAAGUUGCCUCGAGAAAUAACUAAGAUAGUCUGUAGAUUCUCUAUAUUGAAAAUAGAGACAGGAAAGGGGCUGUUAAAUGAAAAUACUAUACUUGAAUGACGACCCAUUUUAUAGAAUGAUUCUAACCUCAGAUCUUUUCCAUUAUCAACCUCCAUGAUAAAACAUUCAUUUUUUGUCAAAAAUUGGGCGAAGUCAUGCACUAUAUCAUGCAUCUUACACUCUAUUAUAUUUCCAUCAUUGUCUUUUACAAAAUCUUGGAAAAGAAAGCGCAUUGCUAAGCUUUCAAAGUACUCACGACCUAUGGUCUCCAUCUCUUUACUUUUAGAGCUGAGGUAACUCUGGGCCAUCCACAACUUGAUCAAAUUAUCCCGCUUUAUGACAUGAUCUUUUGGAAACAGUGCACAAUAUGAGAAACAACAUUUCAUUGCAGAAGAUAAAUCAUAGUAACUCAGUAAUAAAGCAGGGGAAAGAUCUCUUUCAAACACUUCCAGUUGCCAUACAUCAUUAUUCAAAACAUUUACCCAGUCUUCUUUCCUCUCUUUUAAAUGCAGGAGACUCCCCAAAGUUUUUGCAGCAAGAGGCAAGCCCUUGCACUUGUCUGCUAUUUUUUGGCCAAUUUCUUCUAAUUCUUCAAUACCUUUCUUAGUUCUACCAAAAAAAAUGAUCUUACUGAACAAUGACAGCAUUGCUUCUUAGACAAUUCUUCGAGUGGGUGUGUGUAGGUAGUUCCUAUCAUUCUAGCCACUCCCAUUUUAUGGGUGGUCACCAAAAUUCUGCUCUCUGGUGCUCAACACUUGAGACAAUUCACCAGCUCCCAAAUCUGGUAGUUUUCAUUCCACACAUCAUCCGAUACAAGGAGGAACUUCUUUCUUGCAAUAGAGUUUUGAAUUUCUUGUUGUACAAUUUCAAGUUCAUGGAGACGACUAGAAGUUUUUCUUUCAAGUGCUUCAAGUAUUGCCCUUGAAAUCCUCAUUGCGUCAAAAGGGUCUGACACGCAUACCCAAAUCCUUUUGUCAAAAUGGGAACACACCUUAACAUCAUUGUAGGCUAGUUGGGCAAGCGUUGUCUUUCCAAUACCUCCCAAACCUACGAUUGAGAUCAUAUGGAGAUCCAAUGUUUUUUACUACUGCCACACAACAAUUUGCUUAUUAUGAUAUCCUUAUCCUCGCCUCGACCUUGUACCUCUGGUACAUCAAUAAAAGAGGUAGUUUUUGGUCUCUCAGGCUCUUCCAUGCCUGAAAUAAAAUUAAAAUUAUACCUAUCUUUCUCCUGGGCAAUCACAUCUAGUCUUCUAUUGAUUUCUCCUCUCUUAAGAGCGAUGUCAUGACAUAGGUGGAUACCACGAAAAGAAAAACAAGGGAAAGGGAUACAGCUGCACACCUUCUUCUUGUGAGUGAGAGCAUUGUCAACUCCCUGAAUUUGGACUUUGAGAAUUGAUGAGCUCCAUUCAUCCAGCACGUUGUCCAUGUCAUAUGCCAAUCCUUUGAGAUCUUCUAGCCAAAUUUUUACAGCUUCAUCCUUAACUUGUCUCUUCUCUGCAUCCAGAAGAACUGCUCGGAUGUUCCUAAGUGUGUUGGUGAGCUUUUGGACGUCAUUUUCAGCACCCACAAGCAAUCUCAACUCUUGUUGAAUCUGCCGUUGGAUUACUAAAGCCAACCACUCCAAGACAAUGGAAACAAGGGCAUCAGCCAUGUUGUGUGAUGAAUUGGGCAGAAUUGAGAAAUGAAUGAUGGACAUAAAAGUUGCAGCUCAUGUCCUCAUUUGUAGCUGCAAUCAUGUAGUUGAGUUCAUAGAAAAAUGGCCCAACCACCAAGUUGACUUCAAGGGGACGAGUCUUUUUCCUUUUUCUCAAAGUGUUUAUAAUAUGAGCAUUAGUUUAUUUCAAUUAUUUCUCAAUUUCAAUUUCAAUUUUUCUAAAUUUUAUUCUUAGAAGAUUCAUAUGGUUAUCGUGUUUGCUGAUAAUUGUUUUGUUUUAUUUUUUAAUUUUAGUUUCAUUUUUGUCUUUCUUCUUGGUGUGUGGCAAUGACAAUCUUGAAGAUAAUAUUUCCCUGGGUCAUGUUUGUAGCUCCUUUCUUUUGCUUCUAGUUUUUUUUCCAUUUUCUCUUUCUCAACUCAGGAACCAAACAUGACUUAAAUAUUCACCUUCAGAUUUGUUUUUACCCUCAUUGCUUGGGGAGGUUGGAGUCCUCAUUGUUUGUUUUAGUUCAGGAAAAUGGAUGACAACAACCCAACAAACAAGGUUUGCUUUCUUUGCCAACUCAGACCAGAUCAUCCUUAGCAGGUGAGUACUUAAAUAAAUACAUAAGCAAAAUAAUAAGUGGGUAACAUCUAUUCCCCUUAAUACUCUUUGUUGUUUUUUUUCUUUUAAUUAAUAUAAGCACACUUAAUGUAAACAUCUAUUCCCCUAUUUGUUUAGUUGUAUACCAAUUUAUUACUUGUAACAAAAUUACUUUUUCAAAUGCUAAUUCAUUAGUCCACUUUCCUUAUUUAAAUUAUUUUAGGCAUAAAGAUGGCCAAACUAUCAUUUUUUUUUUAAGUUAAAUUGGGUUAAAAUAAUUAUUUAAUUAAUAUUGAAAGAAAAUUUUGUAACCCUAGCAUAUGAAAUUACUUGGAAAAUGAUGAAUAAAUAUUCCCUGAAUUAAUUUCAAAUUAAAUUCUUUGUUAAUAACUUUUAGUAUGUCCUUUAGAUUAAUUAUUUAUUAAGAGCAAACAAUCUCAUGUACAUGUUCAAAAAAAUAAAAUUGAUUAUAUUAAUAAAUAUAAAAUAUAACAUGAAAGAAUCAUCUAACAAUAUACUAAAAGGAAAAUUAUGCAACCAUACAUCGCCAAAAAUUAAAUAUGCUUUUAGGAACUUUGUUUUUACCUUUUUAAUUGUAAUGUGUAGAAAAUUGUAAGCGGUCUCCUAACUAUUGAAUAAUUCAUUAAUUACGAGAAAUGGUACAAUAAUCCACUAACUAUGAGAAAAGUACGCUGUUUUACCAUGAUGAUCAAUUAGGAGAGUUUCAAACCUUUUAAACAUUCCAAAAUGAUUUUUUACUUUAAAAAAAAAAAAAAAAAACUUUGAACAAUCAUUUUAAAUGAUGCCCCUGAUCUUUUGAACAGUCUCUCCCAUUUGACAUGUUUUGCCAAAUUUUCAAAUGCCUUUUUAGUACCUUUUUCAUGUAAUUGUGAUUCCAAAAGUUUUAUCAACUUUAAAUGCAUAGAAGGAAAUUUAACAUAGUGAAGCCAGUUUAACAUAGAGGGCAUGUUGUCGGUGGAGCCGCGUCAAAAAUUUAACAUAGAAGGAAAUUUCUUGGCAACUUCCUGCCUCUUAAGUCUAUAAUGGUGGGGCCAGUUUGAGACCCUUAGCGAAGGAAAAGUCUUGGCAACUUCGUGCCUUUUAAGGGUGAAGUAAUACCAGAAUUAUUUAGAUGACCAUUCAGAAUAUAUAUAUUUAUGUUUUGUGGUAUGGUCUUCUUCCUCUCUGAUUGGUUUUCUGUGCGAAGUAGUUCCAGAUUGAAGGGAGACAAUCCGUAUGUUUGAUAUGAUUAAUUGAAGUUAGAAUUUCCUUGAAUAAUAAGUUGAAUGCCUCAGAAAUUUUAUUCCAUUAUUAGCCUCAAUCAUGCAUAUCAAGCAAGCCUUGAUGAUUCAAAUAAAGUAAGCCCCACUAGCCUCAAAUAAUACAAACCGUAUAAAGCAAAGCUCCAAAAGGCUCAACAAUAAUUCAAAUAAAGUAGCUCCUAAAGCCUCAAUAAUGCAUCCCUCUGGCCCCACCGCUUUCAAAAGGAUAGACCAUAAUUAAAGUAUUAAACUCACUAAAGCUGCAGAUCUGAUCUCUUCAUCAUUCAUCCUCCAUUCCUCUUCAUUCAUCAAUCCCACCUUCUUCACCCUCCCCAUGGCUGAUGCCCUCGUUUCUAUUGUGCUGGAACGCUUGACUUCGGUUGUUGAACAGCAGAUUCAUGAACAAGUUUCUCUGGUUCAGGGUGUUAAAUCAGAAAUCCAAAGCCUCAAAAAGACACUCCGCUCCGUCCGAGAUGUUCUUGAAGAUGCCGAGAGGAGACAAGUGAAGGACAAAUCUGUCCAAGGUUGGUUGGAGAGUCUCAAAGACAUGGCCUACGAAAUGGAGGACGUGCUGGAUGAGUGGAGCAUUGCUAUUCUUCAAUUCCAGAUGGAGGGAGUUGAAAAUGCUUCCACGUCUAAGAAGAAGGUAAGCUUCUGUAUGCCCUCCCCUUGCAUCUGUUUCAAGCAAGUUGCUUCUCGUCGUGACAUUGCUCUUAAGAUUAAGGGCAUUAAACAACAACUAGAUGAUAUUGAAAGGGAGAGAAUUAGAUUUAAUUUUGUCUCUAGUAGGAGUGAGGAGCGACCACAGCGACUUAUAACUACCUCUGCAAUUGAUAUUUCAGAGGUGUACGGUCGGGAUAUGGAUAAAAAAAUCAUAUUAGACCAUUUGUUGGGUAAGAUGUGUCAAGAGAAAUCUGGCCUCUACAUCGUCUCCAUAGUUGGGACGGGAGGCAUGGGCAAAACAACUCUUGCUCAAUUAGCCUACAGCCAUUCAGAGGUGAAGGUCCAUUUUGAUGAGAGAAUAUGGGUCUGUGUUUCUGAUCCUUAUGACCCAAUCAGAGUUUGUAGGGCUAUUGUUGAAGCCCUCCAAAAAAAGCCUUGUCAUCUCCAUGAUUUGGAAGCUGUACAACAAGAAAUUCAAACAUGUAUUGCCGGACAGAAAUUCCUUCUUGUGCUAGAUGAUGUGUGGACUGAAGACAAUCAAUUGUGGGAACAACUGAAGAACACCCUCCACUGCGGAGCAGCAGGGAGUAGAAUUCUGGCGACCACACGCAAAGAGAGUGUUGUUAAGAUGAUGAGAGCUACGUACAAGCAUCCCUUGGGGGAGCUGUCUUCGGAGCAAUCUCGGGCAUUAUUCCAUCAAAUAGCUUUCUAUGAAAGGAGUACUUGGGAGAAAGAGGAAGAAUUAAAAGAAAUUGGUGAGAAAAUAGCAGACAAAUGCAAGGGCUUGCCCCUCGCUAUAAAAACUUUAGGGAAUCUCUUGCGCAUAAAAAAUAGCGAGGAAGAAUGGAAGAACGUAUUGAAUAGUGAAGUAUGGCAGCUAGAUGAGUUUGAGAGAGAUAUUUCCCCUGCUUUGUUGUUGAGUUAUUAUGAUCUGCCCCCUGCAAUUCAACGCUGCUUCUCAUUUUGUGCUGUUUUUCCAAAAGACUCGGUUAUUGAGAGAGAUGAGCUGAUCAAGUUGUGGAUGGCACAAAGCUAUCUCAAAUCUGAUGGGAGUAAAGAGAUGGAGAUGGUUGGGAGAACGUACUUUGAAUAUUUAGCUGCUCGGUCUUUCUUCCAAGAUUUUGAAAAAGAUGAUGAUGGUAAUAUAAUACAUUGUAAGAUGCAUGAUAUAGUUCAUGAUUUUGCUCAAUUUUUGACUCUGAAUGAAUGCUUUAUUGUGGAGGUUGACAACCAAAAAAAGGGGAGUAUGGACUUAUUCUUCCAAAAGAUUCGUCAUGCCACCUUAGUUGUCCGAGAGAGUACCCCUAAUUUCGCCUCCACUUGUAACAUGAAGAAUCUUCACACCCUCUUGGCUAAGAGAGCAUUCGAUUCAAGAGUUCUUGAAGCCUUAGGGCAUUUGACAUGUCUCAGGGCAUUGGAUUUGAGAAGCAAUCAGUUGAUUGAGGAACUUCCUAAGGAGGUAGGAAAAUUGAUACAUUUAAGAUACCUUAAUCUAUCAUACUGUGAUAGUUUGAGAGAGUUGCCUGAAACAAUUUGUGAUUUAUAUAAUUUGCAAACCUUAAAUAUUCAAGCAUGUUCCCGUCUUCAGAAACUACCACAGGCAAUGGGUAAACUAAUUAAUUUGAGGCAUCUUGAAAAUUAUGAUGCUGAUGAUUUGCAGGGCUUGCCAAAAGGAAUUGGAAGAUUAAGCUCUCUUCAGACACUGGAUGUUUUCAUUGUGAGUAGUCAUGGCAAUGAUGAAUGCCAAAUAGAAGACCUGAGAAACUUGAACAACCUAAGAGGACGUCUUUCCAUUCAAGGGUUGGAUGAAGUGAAAGAUGCAGGGGAGGCAGAAAAAGCAGAAUUGCAGAAUAGGGUACACCUCCAACGUUUGACAUUGGAAUUUGGUGGAGAGGAGGGGACAAAGGGUGUGGCUGAAGCUCUACAACCCCAUCCAAACUUGAAAUUUCUAUGUAUAAUCCGUUAUGGUGAUAGAGAGUGGCCCAAUUGGAUGAUGGGUUCAUCAUUAGCUCAACUGAAAAUACUUCACCUCCGGUUUUGCAUAAGAUGUCCAUGUUUGCCUCCUUUGGGGCAACUGCCUGUCCUCGAGGAGCUGGGGAUAUGCUUUAUGUAUGGUCUGAAAUACAUAGGUAGUGAGUUUUUGGGAUCAUCAUCAACAGUAUUCCCAAAGCUGAAGGGAUUGUAUAUUUAUGGUUUGGAUGAAUUGAAGCAAUGGGAAAUAAAAGAAAAAGAAGAGAGGUCAAUAAUGCCAUGUCUCAAUGCCUUGAGGGCGCAACACUGCCCAAAGCUGGAGGGACUGCCGGACCACGUGCUCCAGAGGGCACCAUUGCAGAAAUUGAACAUCAAAUAUUCUCCUGUUCUGGAACGACGCUAUCGAAAGGAUAUUGGAGAGGAUGGGCACAAAAUAUCUCAUAUCCCAGAAGUCGAAUAUUCACGGGACUGAAUGGUCAUCACGCUUCACCUCAUGUCGCUCUGGUUACAGAGAAGCAAGUUCAAAUAAAGAGGAGAAAAUUCCCAACACCUAUGUAUUGUGAAGUUGCCUAUGAAUCAAUUUCAAAUUGGUGAUUUGUAAAUUCUUUUUCUCUUUUUCUUUUCCCCUUUUAUUUGUUUGCCUAUAUAUCUAAGAAUGUGUAAACUUCAACGUUAUUGUUUGGAUUUAUUUCCUACAACAUAAAUGGUUUGCGAAUGAUGGGAACUUGCAUGCAUGAUGUUUCUUCUGAUUUGUUGUAAGGACAUAUCUAUUGUUAACCUAAUGGAUGAAGUGGGUUACUUCUGAUUUGUUUUA